CAUUUGCUCAAGAAGUUUGCCGAUUACUAUAUGCCUGUUUAAAAAACAUAAUUAAAAUUGUGGGUAUUUUUAAGUCAUUUUUCGUAUUACCGCCGCACGUUCACUUGUUCGUUGUUCAUAAAUAGGUAUCCAAGAAAAUUAUUUCGAGAUAAAUCUUAUUGUUUCUAUUGUGUGUGACUAAUCUCUGAGAGAAGUUACGGACUGGUUAGUGUUUGUUGACAUGACGCUGAGUUCUCGGUGAAUAUUGUGAAUUGUGAUGUCCGACGGAGACCCAUCGCUUGAAGAGGACGUACCAAAGCCUCUGCUGGUAAAAGUAGAAGAGAAUGUCUUCACGCCUAAGAUAACCACUCCGAUAUACGCCGGUGGUGUUAAACUGCAGCACAAGAGGACCGAUCUUGCUGAAACGGAAUCCUUCCUCUCAGACUCUCAGAGGAAUGACCUUGCAUUCCAACAACUCUUCCAGGAUGGAGAUGAUGCAUUUCACGAAACGGAGAAGGCGGCUCAAGAGAAGAUCGGUGACAUCCACGCGAUGUCAGUGCUAAGCAACUACCAAGACAACCUCUCCCAAGACAUGAAUACCGACCGGGACAACGGUAGCGAAGCUUCUACCCGCGCUGCCGAAGAAGUCGGUUGCGGUCAGCCCCAACUAACGAAACCCAAUGGCAAACCCGUCGCCAACCAUUGCUCAAUAGUUAUGGGCGGUAUCAACAAUAACCCCUCGUUGACGUUCAACGAUGGCGUUCGUUCGAUCGACUACGUGCUGGUCUGGGAGAGCGGUAGGAACGACGCGACCACACCCGAAGCCUACGAGCAGAGGAGGAUCUUUGAGCAGAAUCUGGAGCACGAUGGCUUGCAAUUAGAAAGGGAGGAGCCGGAGGGACUUUAUGGACUGAAUUUUGUUAAGAUACACGUGCCGGUCGAUGUCCUGAGAGAUUACAGUGAGAUAUUAAAAUUAAGGAUGCCGAUGAAGGAUGGCAGUCAGUUAAGGAAAUCUGGACGGACGAAUGCGAUACUGAACGCUGCCUUGUAUAUCUCUAAGUUUUCAGCAGUGAAGACUAGUAAUUUCAUAGAUCGAGUUGAGGCUACUUGGGAUAAGUUCAUAUCAAAGAUAAGGGUGGAUCCGGAGUUGUUCCCUGAAAGAAGACAUCGUCUAACCGCUAUUUACUCCAAAGACAAAGAAUACUUAUUCGACACAACAUCAGAAUGCUUCUGGACACCCUCGAUCCGCUCUAGGAUAGUUCAAUUCAUACUGGACAGGAAGAAGUUCUCGAAGCCGGGUGACGAUUUCGCAUUCGGUAUCAACAGACUCAUAUCAAACUGUACUUAUAGCGCGGCCUAUCCCUUACACGAUGGUGAUCUCAAAACACCGGGUUCGAUGCGAUAUUUGCUGUACACGGAAUGGGCGGCUGUGUCUAAAUGCCUCAAAUACCAACCGCUAGACUACGUAAAAGAUUAUUUCGGUGUUAAAAUAGGACUGUAUUUUGCUUGGCUCGGUUUCUACACGCACAUGUUGAUCCCGGCUUCGCUCGUCGGCCUCAUCUGUUUCAUAUAUUCGGCCGCGACCGUGUACUCCAACAAACCGAGUGAAGACAUUUGCAACUACAACUCGACGAUAAAGAUGUGUCCGCAGUGCGACUACUUCUGCGAGUUCUGGGAUCUGAAGGCGACCUGUCUGCAGUCACGCAUCACGUACCUCUUCGACAACUCCACCACCGUAUUCUUCGCCAUAUUCAUGAGCUUUUGGGCGGCGUGCUUCCUGGAGCUUUGGAAGCGCUACUCGGCCGAGAUGACGCACCGCUGGGACCUCACCGGGUUCGACGUGUACGAGGAGCACCCGCGCCCGCAGUACCUGGCGCGCCUCGCGCACGUCAAGCGACGACAGCUAAACGUGGUGACGGGCGAGAACGAGCCGAUGGUCCCGUUCUGGCGCAUGCGGCUGCCCGCCACGCUCAUGUCGUUCAGCGUGGUGGCGCUGCUGGUGCUGCUGGCGCUGGCCACCGUGCUGGGCGUGGUGCUGUACCGCAUGUCGCUGCUGGGCGCCGCCGUGCUGCGCCACAACGACAACGUGCUCAUCACGUACAGCCCCAUCAUGUUCACCACCGCGACGGCCGCCUGCAUCAACCUGUGCUUCAUCUUCCUCUUCAACUAUAUCUACCAGUACCUAGCCGAAUGGUUGACGGAGAAGGAACUGCUUCGGACGCAGACCGAGUUCGACGACUCGCUCACUCUCAAGAUAUACCUGCUCCAGUUCGUGAACUACUACGCCUCGAUAUUCUACAUCGCUUUCUUCAAAGGGAAAAUCAUCGGUCGACCCGGAGAGUAUAUUAGAUUCUUCGGGCACAGACAAGAGGAGUGCGCUCCCGGAGGCUGUCUUCUAGAGCUGUCCAUCCAGCUGGCCAUAAUAAUGGUCGGGAAGCAGUUCAUCAACACGAUCGUGGAGAUGAUGAUGCCGUACCUGCUCUCCUGGUGGAACAUCAUCAGGACCAUCGGCAGGAAGAGACAGUUAAAAAGUCCGCUUCAGUGGGUUAAAGACUUUAAGUUGGUCGACUUCCCGAACAUGGGACUGUUUCCUGAAUAUUUGGAAAUGAUCCUGCAGUACGGGUUCGUGACGAUCUUCGUGGCGGCGUUCCCGCUGGCGCCGCUGUUCGCGCUGAUCAACAACGUGCUGGAGAUGCGGCUGGACGCGCGCAAGUUCCUCACGUGCUUCCGCCGCCCCGUGCCGCAGCGCGUCACCGACAUCGGCGUCUGGUACCGCAUCCUCGACUCCAUCGGCAAGCUCAGCGUCAUCACCAACGGCUUCAUAAUAGCGUUCACGUCGGAGUUCAUCCCGCGGCUGGUGUACGCGUUCACGCACGGCUCGCUCGAGCAGUACGUCAACAACACGCUGGCCGACUUCAACAUCACCGUGCUCGAGCACCCGCCGCUCAACUCCACGUACGGGGGGACCAUGUGCAGCUUCCCCGGCUACUGGGACUAUAAGAACGGCAAGGACUAUGCGCACAGCACCUGGUACUGGCACAUCAUCGGAGCCAGACUCGCCUUCGUCGUCGUCUUCGAGAACGUAGUGGCCCUGGGAACGAUAAUAGUGAAGUGGGCGAUCCCGGACAUGUCGGGCGAGCUCCGGGACCGCAUCCGGCGCGAGGCCUACGUCAUCAACUCGUACAUCCUGGAGGAGACUCGCGCGCGCUCGCAGGCCGGGCGUGACUCGCAAGGCGACACUACCGAGCCAAACUGGAACCAUAUAGCUUCGCUCUCGGGCUCGGACUUUGACCUAGCGGCUCACGGCGACCAAGAGGACCUCGCCGAGCUCCGGGAGCGCGCCGCCGCCGCACGCCCCCCGCCCGACCCCGCGGGCCCCCCGGUGGACCCAGCCGGCCCCCCGCCCGCCCCCGUCUAGCGCCACGCUGCACGUGUCAUUCGUUACAAGUCUUGUUUUCGUGGUAGUAAGUAGCUUCAAUGUACCAACAGGAUGGAAACGUAGAACGAUUAAGCGGAAAAUUGCCUUAGUGAUAUGUGACUUUGAAAUUUAGAAAAAGUAUGUUGUUAGUUUGUAAAAAAAAAAAUUGGUUCUUCUUGGGAUAUACUGCAGCGAGUGCUCCACAAACAGCUUAGGAAUAAAUCGGGAGGAAGCGGAAAUGGAAAUUUUAGUUAGAUAAUAUGUUAUUGAUAUCCGCUUUAUUGGAUAUGUGAUAGUGGUAAUUCAUUAGCCGCUUAUUAUCUGUGGAGUACAAAAUCGUGGGAACAUAAAACAAAUCAUUGAAUGUGGAUUUAGAGCAGUGGUACGAAAAAUAAUAUCGGAGGGAGGAGGCAGCUACUAAAUCGAACGAAAAAUUAAAAAAAUUGGCAACCCCCAAUAUCCUCCUGGCGGUACCCACACGGAUCGCGACCUCCACUUUGCCUACCACUGCUCCAGAGUAUUCCUUCAAGAGUUAAUAAACCCUGGAGUAAAUCUCAGGGAAGCUAUACCACGCUUUUACUAAGAGGUUACUUCAUUCCUUCCGUUUAAUUAUUGGUAAUGUGAUCAUAAUACAAAAAUAUUAUUAUAAUAAAUUGGGUUACAGAACAAGAAUCCAAGUCAUCGAAUACAUUAAAAUAAUAAUCGGUCAAUGUACUUACGUCAGAAGGUUGGAUCUCGCGAACAUAUCAGAAGAGAAACGUCUACAUUUCAUGGUUAUGUUAGUCUAAAGGAAAGUUAGGAGAGAGUUUUGAUAUAGUAUUUUUGGUAGGGAAAGAGUCUUUUAGAGUUUUGGGAGUACCAUCUUUAACAUGGGUUGUGACCAUCAUGAAUCGGCUUAAAGAAAAGUGUUUGAAUGAGAUGCGAACUUCGGAUCAAUGUGUCUUUGGUACUAUUAAGUUCAUUUGCUAAGUAAGCUUUGCUUAUUUCUAAAUUUCAUCUCGCUGCUAAUCGAAUGAAACGAUUGAGUUGUAAAUGAAGCAGAUAUUAAAUUGAAACCGGAUAAAAAACCAAUCUUCGUUAAACGUGUUUUUGCAAAAAAAUCACUUGUCGUUUUAUGUUUCGCGAAGCCGUAAUAUAAAUCUAAGAUACCUCCUCAGUUACACGAGUCUGAUAGGAGAAGUCAGCUAUUCUUCUAAUGUGUUCACUGCGCGUUGCCCGAAAUAUAAAUUUUCUACCAGAAUAGUAGAAUUAUUGCCUCUGAUAUCGGUCACACACACAGUACGUUUCUUGUUUCUCGGGAAUUGUAUCGAUGUGCAAAUGUUUAAAGGAACAGACAUCAUAAUGACUUCGGGUCAGAUCCAUCUAAAUACUAUGAUUAAUAUCACUCUGUCUUCCGCCGCCGCUUUUGUAACCUUUCUGUAAGGGAAUUAGUUUAGUUGAAAUAAGUAUUUUGUGCUGUAAUUAAAUACCAAGUUGCCUUAUUGUUGUAGCGUUACAAAUGUUAAUUGUUAUGUGAUGUUGAAAGAGUCAAGAUUUAAAAAGAAAAUCUCCCUAAGGCCCUAGAUCAGGGGCUCGCAAAUUUAUUUUGUGUACUUGCCCACUAUGAGAAUAAAUUAUUUUUUAGCGCUCCCAUUUUUUCACAUACUUAAAAACCACUAUAGCGAGAGCUCAGUCGGUGUCUAAAAGUUUUCCUAAAUGAAAUUACAAACCGCCCCCCAAGCCUUUACACAACGCCCCCUUUUUUCUGGGUCUCUUAACGCCCCCCUUUAGGCUUGCAGAGCCCACAAGGGGGCGUUAUCGUCCACUUUGGGAAAGGCUGCCCUAGAUGUACUGUUUUGUGAUGAGACACAUUUCAUUACAAAAUACUGGAAUUUUAAUAAUAAUAAAACAAAAUUCCUGAAAGUAUGAAAUCUUACAAAGCACCUUAAAAAAAAGGUGCUUAACUUCCGUGGCGUAAUAUGGUUAAAGGUAGGCGGUAGUAUUCAUGCUGUAAUAUGGACCACGGUAACGGCUUAAUACCGUGUGAAUAUAAAUUAUAAAAUAUUUAUUAUCUUGUUUAAAUCAAGACUAAAAUGAAUCUCUUAGUUUUUUUAAAGUGCCUUUUUUUAAAUUUAUUUAUUUAUGUUUCACCUAUUAAAAAUUAAAUUAUUACUAGCAAUACUAAAUCCAAAGAGGUUUAUGUUGAAAAAAAAUGACUAAAAUUAAACUGAACUGAGAAAAAAUCGUUGAGAUUAAAUCGUAAUUUUUAGGGUUACAUUAUUUUUUUAUGUUUCGUAAAAGGAAAGAUUAAUUCUGUAUUCGACUUCACUAACUACACUAGCAUACGGCCCAUCUGAUGGUCAGUGUCUACAGUCGCUCAUGCUGGUCAGCAAUGCCAGGCCAGACGAAAGAGCCAAACCGCUGCCUACCGCUACUCCUUGAUAUCUAAUAUUUAUGAAGUAAAUCACUGGUGACCCGUGCUCAGCAUGUUCCUAAAAUGUGAUAGUCAAAUAAAAUUGUCCAUUAAAUAAGAAUAAAACAUGCAUAUAGUUUUAAAAAUUGGUAACACUGUAUGUGUAGGUUAAGUGUUGCCAGUGACAUGCACAAAAUAGUUACCUCGCUUGUGUCAGUUUGUAGUAUGCUUAGAGAGUAUAUAUAGAAAUGUUGAACGCUUCGUCACAAUGAUUGUAUUGGUACGACAAUUAAUGCUAAUAUUUAUAAUAGUUUAAGGAUACUAUGGCUCAUAAUAAGAACAACAUUAUAUUUGAUUUUAGAUUUUGUUUCCCGUCAUUAUAUAGUUAUUUAAAUAAAGAGUAUUUAUGACUGAUAAAUCCUAAUUUCCUAUUAACAUUAUCCUAACAUUAAAUGCAUUUCUGAUAAGUUUUUUAUAGCUUUGAUAAUUUAUUUUAUUUGUACGAAUUUGGAUUGUGAAAUUAAUUGUUCCUGUCAUUUUAAUUAAAAAUCUACUUUGAAAUAAAACAUUACAAGGAGAUGGUUGCAUUUAGUGACCAAUAACUGUAUGUAUAAUUAUUAGCAUUUUAUAUUGGAAAUCACCAAUUCUUUAGUGGUCUAUGCUCACCAGAAGACAACAAAAAUAUAAAUUUGCCAUAAAAUUUUGUAAUUAUUUGUAUUUAUUUGUGUUUUAAAUAUUCGUACAAAAAAUUCGAUAGUUUUAAUAGUGCUGUUGAUUGAUUCUCUCAACCCUAAAAUCAGGCAGUUUUUUUUACGUAUUGGAUAAAUUAACGUUAAAUUAAUGACUAUUGUAGAUGUGCAAUUUGUAUAGGCAGGAUAAUCUCGUUAAUAAGGGUUGUACUCAUUUUUAUAGCUUUUUAUUAUAUCGAUACGUUUAUAUUUAUAAAAUUUUGGUGCUGCCUACUAAUUUAUUAGUUUAAGGCUUUUGCCCUUUAAAUGGCUGUUUUUUUUUUAAAUAAUGUAAUGUUUACCACUAGUCACGUAAGGCGAUUCUGUGUUAAAACAAUGUUGUACCAAAAUUCUAAUAAAUUGUAUGAAAUGUUUAAA